AUGAUACCCUUCCCCCGCCUAGGGAAGAGCCUUUUGCAGACCCUGGAUGUGGUGGAGCUCACAAGCGUUACCAGCUUUCUGGAUGCCCGAGGUUUGUGUCGAUUGGAGGUCUGCAGUAGUUCCCUGCAGCAAGGUUUCUUCAACUCCUCUGCCAACCCAGAACGGGCUCCCUGGCGUGUGGCUGCCAUCCAGCGCGGCCUUUGCAUCCUGGAAACUGCUGCAGGUGAAAGAAAGGGAGGCUGGACGGGAGAGGUGCACCAGAGGCUGAAACGCUUCUAUGGGAAGCUUCAUUCUGUGACAUCGCCCACGAACUGGCAAUGGCCCAUCUAUGGCCUGGAGGGGGUGGAGCGUCUGGAACGGAUCACUGAGAGCUUCAUGCUCUCUUGUCGCGGCUUGCAGGUGCAUUUGCUGGAGUUUGCUUUCCAGCCGAAGGAUGUGCAGAACGCCCUGCAGAAUGCCAACGAAUGGAGCCCCCCGCCCCCACCGGCGAAAUCCAAUCAGUACCAGGGCGCCUUCCAACAGCUUCUGGGCGUUCACCAGCUGCACCUGGAAGCCUCGGUACAGCCCUUGAUGACGCGCCAGGGAGGGGUGGAGUGCGCCCUGUUCCUGGAACUCAGGCGCGGUAAUGGAUGGUUUUUGAAUGGCCUAUAA